UGUUACCUGCCUCCUGUUCUCCAGGUGAGGAACCAGGAGCCCGAGGCCAUGUUCAGACUGAAGUCCCUGGUGAAGGAGAAGUUCACUGAGACACACGGCAGUCUGUCUGAGGGAGAGCUGCAGAACCACGUCAAGCUGGUCAGCUUUAAGGAGAACGUCAGAAACGCACUCAAAACAGUGAACCCUGAGGCAGCAGAGAAUAUGGAGGAGGAGAUGGAUGAGGACGUUGCUGUGACGCAGAGUGAGGUUAACUUCACCUGUCCCCUGACUCAGGUGGAGAUGGUGAACCCAAUGAAGAACAAGAAGUGUAACCACCACUACGACCGGGACGCCAUUAUGGGGAUGAUCAAGGCCAGGCAAAACCAGAAGAAGAAGUUACGCUGUCCGGUGGUUGGCUGUGGCAACACGGACGUGAAGCAGGGAGACCUGAUCCUAGAUCAGAUUAUGAAGAGACAGAUCCAGAAGAGGUAGACUACCCAGGCACUAUUCUGGGGUACGCCAACUCAUCAAGCCUGACAAUAAUAAUUAGACUUUUAUUUAAUUGAGGAAAAAACAUUACUUUUUGUUGUGACCAAAUGUUAUCUUGCUGCUGUGUCUGAUCGUAUUUGUUCAUCACAGAAUUGCACUAUUCUGAAGUUUUAUAUAACAAAACCUCUCUUUAUUUAUACAUAAGGGAUUCAUAUUUUUUAGUCAGUUCAAUAAAGGUUUAUUGGGGGGGGGGUUAGUGAUUACAGCAUUGGGCCAGUAACUGAAAGGUUGCUAGAUCGAAACCCUAAGCUGACAAGGUAAAAGAAAAUCUGUCAUUCUGCCCCUGAAUAAGGCAGUUAACCCACUUUUUUCCCUGGUAGGUCGUAUUUGUAAAUAAUAAUUUGUUCUUAACUGACUUGCCUAGUUAAAUAAAAAAAACAUUUUAAAAAUA